CCUCAUCUUUGUCCCCUAAACAACUCUUCCUCCUACCCAUUACCUCGUCAAUCCUAUCUUACAUCUCCCACCAUGGCGGACGACGCUCAGCAUGAACACACCUUCGAGUCCGCCGAUGCCGGUGCCUCAGCUACCUACCCUCAGCAGUGCUCCGCUCUGAGGAAGAACGGCUUCGUUGUUAUCAAGCAGCGCCCUUGCAAGAUUGUCGAGAUGUCCACUUCGAAGACCGGAAAGCACGGUCACGCCAAGGUCCAUCUUGUCGCUAUUGAUAUUUUCACUGGCAAGAAGCUCGAAGAACUUUGCCCGUCCACCCACAAUAUGGAUGUUCCCAAUGUCCGUCGCCAGGAAUACCAACUUCUUGAUGUUACCGAUGAUGGCUUUCUUUCCCUCAUGUCUGACGAUGGCUCUACCAAGGACGAUGUUAAGAUCCCGGAUGGUGAGGUCGGUGACAAAAUCAACAAGAUGUUCACCGAGGAUGGCAAGGACACUAAUGUGAUUGUUCUCACUGCGAUGGGUGAAGAAUCUGCCAUCGAUGCUAAGGAGGCCCCCAAGAGCGGUUAAAGCUUGCCAGUGUUGGAUUUUGGGAGCAUUCGUUAGAGGCACAAAGAGCUGAGAGCGGGGAUAUGUGAGCUGUGUAAAAUCAUAUGAUAUGCACUUUAAAGUGGGUACCAUUGAUCAAU